AUGGAUAAUCCGAACGAAUCAACCUUAGGCGGGACAUCAGACCAACCAAGCAUUGGUGCUGCUCCCUUAAACGUUGAAACCCUCUACAAGAUAGAUGCUGCCAUGGCUAUAGCACAAGCCGAGCUUGGAAACACUAUCAUAUCCUGUCGAAAAGUUCUAGAUGAAAGGGAAACAGCCGAUAUGACAGAUAUUCAGAGAGAGGCAUUCAAUGAGACUGUGAAACUGAUUGACUCGGCACCCGAAGGUAUCUCGCCUGGAAGACUCUCACAGCUUGAUAGUGAAUUGCCCUCUCAGGACAAUCGCUCACUCUCAGAAAAAUCUACUCAGGAUAUAUUACACAAAAGUCAAAGAUAUCUCAAUUUGAAGCAGGAAUUAUCCGGUCUUCGUACCUGGUGGGCUACAGCAAUAGUAAAAUAUAAAAAGGAACUCAACAAGUGUUCUCAGGCAUCUAAAGAAAUCGAUCAACGAUUGAAAGAAAUUGGUGUGCUAGAGAAAGCAGCCGGUCGCAUAAGGACGGACGCUGAGAGAGCCGCAGAAGCCGAAGCGAGAGUCUUGAUUCGUCGCGUCAAGAGAAUGGAAAGAGACUUAUUCAAUGUUUUGGAAAACUUCACCGCAACUAGAAAAUAUAUGAGUUCAGUACAGACGCAAUUUAAAGCGAUUCGGGAUACCAUGAGAGAGAUUGAAGGUCGAGUUAAGGAUCCUUCACCAUAUGAUCCUAGCAAACGUCCGAUAGACUUCAAUUAUGAAUAUCAUCUUCCCGAAAAGAGGGCCGUGGAUACACAAUGGUGGAUUUCUAAAGGCUUUUUCUGGUGGGCUAAUCUAGCAUAUAGUCAUUUGGUUCAUACCUCUACCAAUCUGGAAGAGGCAAUUUACAAAUGUAAUUCUAGACAAGCUAACCACAUGAAUAAGAUUAAAAAGCUAGUGGAGCAGCGUCUGAAGAUCUCAGAAGAAAGAGAGGAAGAAGUGGAAUUUGUCAAAGGUUUUGAUCUGCAUAAACAGGUUUUUGAUGACGUCAGACUUAGAAACAAAUACUUCCACGCGAAAAGAAAAAUCGCUACUGCUGAUGACCAGCUAGCAGAGAUAAGAGGUCGUCUUUCCGCCUACGACUUGGGUCUGGCAAAAUGCAAUUUCGAUGAAUUUAUACAGAAAUUGAUGCUCUCUACACAUAACGCCGCCAGGAAUAUUCUCGGACACGCUCUAGCGGAUCUACAACUUCAGACUGGUAUCUACAAUGAGCUUUCACAGGAAAGAUCUCAAUUAUCUCGAAGACGUAUCACAUAA